GCUGUGGCUCAGGCGAGGACCAGCUUCAACCAGCAGAGGCUGAGGCACCCUGGCUCAGUGUCUCUCCCUCCAGUCAGACCGGAGAGGGCAGGUGGAGAGAAACAGCAGACACCCUCAAUUUAACCUCAGGGUGCCCACCGCAGAGAUCACCUAUAGGCCUCACACAGAAACUGGAUUCCUUUUCCGAGGCCUUCCUCUCCCAGCGAAAGAGACGAUUCCCCAUGAUUCCUAGUGGAGAUUCCUCUGGACCGAUGUGGGAAUUCGGAGUGGGGAGAAGAGAAAGCCCCGGAUCGAUCAGGUCAAGUCACAGCUGUGCUUUUGAUUCAGACUCCUACCUGCCUCCCUCCUCAUCUUCCUCACCCCCUCACCCCUCACUUCCAUCCCUCCCCUCUCCUCCCACAUCAUCUCACAUCAUGUCUUCAGUUCUUAGUCCUCCUCCCACACCUCUACCUCCUCCUUCACACUCACCCUCCAAAAUGGACUCUCCUGGUGCAUUCGGGGGCACUGGACAUUCAGUGUCCCAGGGGGGAGAACCACUUGGCAGGCUUCAGUUUUUCACUUCGCACCUUCAGGCUUUGCCAUCUAUCCAUUCCUCUGGGAUGAUAUGGAAGCUUCCACUGCUGUCACACACAUUUUCACAGUCAUCAGGCGACCCCAGCAGCAUAGAGGGCAACCUGAGACCUUGUCAUGGUAGCGACUAUGGCAACAUCACAGCCUCCCACGUCCAGUCUCCAGAAUCUGUAUUCCUCACUUCCACGUCACAUCCUUCAUCCCUCCAUCCAUCCAGAGCCCUCUGUCCAUCCAAUACUACAUCCCUACAUCCCUCUGUCCAUCUUGCCGCUCGCCCAUCUCACCUUGUGGGCCAACAUUAUGAGGCAGCAAAAAAAAUAGCCCAUAACAUUGUGACGCUGAAAGUGAAGAAUGGUCCAGCUGAUCCAAACCAAACACAGCUACAGCAACAAGUAUCACCAAUGUACAAUGGAACUCCAUUUCCCAGUAUCCUUCAGUCCAGCAGAGGUCAGAAGAGGGGCCGGUACACUCCUCAACCGCUCCUCAAUCCAUUUCGUAAGGGGACGGGGCUCUACUCCUCCAUCUCAUCUCUCAAUCACAGAGAUGAAAAAGCAGCAUGUGGAGAAGACGAAGAGGAGAGUGUUGUUUUACCGUAUGUCAACGUGGGUCAUGAUUUCCAGGCAGAGCUUCCUCCAUGCUUUGUUGGCGUGGAAGGGUCCACAGUUUGGCCACCAAAAGAGGAAUCCCAGAGGGAACAGCUGCUCUGGAAACCAUGUGACAAGCUUGAAGAGGGUGCCAACUUACAGAAUGAAGUGGAGAAGCUGUUGUCCAUGUGUAGUUCCAGCUGCCUACCAGGAGGGGGCAGUAACACAGAGCUGGCUCUGCAUUGUCUGCACUACUGUCAGGGGAACACAAUGGCCACACUGGAGAUGCUGCUGUUCUCACAGCCGACACCAAGAGGAGACUACCACUACUCUGGAAGUGAUUGUUGGACAGACAGUGAAAAGAGUCUCUUCAGUGCAGCUCUGGCAACUAAUGGAAAAGACUUUUCACUCAUACAGAAAAUGGUGAGGACUAAGACCGUGUGCCAGUGUGUUGAAUUUUACUACCUGAGCAAGAAGCUCCAGGACAAGCAGAAGAAACAGAAGGAGGAGGAGAAGAGAGAUGAAGUGGAGCAGCAGAAAAGUAUGACACCCAACUGUCAGCCAAUGGGCAGACAGUUUGGACUGGAGGAGGCGGUUCCAGUGCCCUCAUUGGCCAGCUUCUUCCCCUGCAAGCUGUGUGGCAAAAUGUUCUACAAGAUCAAGUCCCGUAAUGCUCACAUGAAGAUCCAUCGCCAGCCUCAGGAGGAUUGGACCGACAGGCGGCUGCACCACCAGCUCCUCACCCAGCGUCUGGCUCUCAGUCGGCCCCCCAACCUCAUCCCCACCCCAGGCAGCAAUCUGCUCCCACCCCAGGGUCCAGCUCUGAAUUUUCGUCCCUCUGGCCCUGCUGGAACAUCAAGCAACAACACCAAUGCAGACAGUGUCCUCAACUCUGUAACCAAUAGCAACGCCAUCACUCCCACCAAUGCCAGUGUCCUAGAUCCUGUGGUAACAUAUAGCAACAUCACUGCUUCAAACUCUCAUGUUACCACCAAUAUUGAUGGCUCAAAUCAAAGAGAGCCAACUCUGGUAUUACCUUUCCACCAAUCAUGGGGCUCAUUUGGACACGAUCCCACUAUUUUCUACUGCAACACAGAAGGGAAAGACAAUGUGGAAUCUGGGACAGUGGGAGGAAAAGAGCCAAUCAACUGGCAGUAGCGUUUAGCUCUCUCGAAAAGCAUUACUAACAUGAAGGUCUGAGACGUACAAAAACUGUGCUGUUAAUACAAACUAAAUUUAAGUUCAAACUUUGGUACUUUUGGAAGGAUAGUUAAAUAAACCAUGAUUAUUUUUGUAUUUUCUUGUUGUAAAUUGUGUUUAUAAAUGUGAUACAUAUUUAAAUGUUUCUCAUAUGUUCGACAUUUGAAUAAAUGGU